CCAGUUACGAUUUUUGACGUUUCAUCAUUUCAUGUGUGUUGAUGCGUGUUUCGUGCGCAUAGCAUGGAUUUUUAACAAAUAAAUAACCAAUUUUAUAUAAAUAAUUCCAUUUGAAGGCAUUUGUACUUUAUCGGGCUGAUGGAUUAUCUGGGCGACAACGGGGGUAUGGGUUUAACCCCCGAUCAAACGGACAAAGUGUUACAAUUUCAAGAUCUAACCGGUAUUGAAGACAUGUCUGUCUGCCGGGACGUUCUCCAGCGACACCAAUGGAACCUCGAAGUCGCCGUACAAGAACAAUUGAACAUCCGAGAAGGUCGCCCGUCCGUUUACGCCACCGAGGCGCGUCCCCCAGCCGUUAUCAGCGAUCAUUUAACUCAACACAUAUUUUUUACACCUCCAACAGACGGUUCUGGCAGCGGAAUUCGCGGGUUUAUCAGGGAUAUUGUCGGUUUCUUUUGGAGUAUUUGUUAUAGUACAAUUUUUGCUAUUUUUUCAUUAGGACGUAGGAUAUUGAGGGGUAAUGAUAGAGAAGUUAUUACAAACCCAAUAGAGGAUGUUAUGUCAUUUAUAAGGAGUUACGAAGAGAAAUAUUCAAAUUACCAUCCUGUUUUUUAUCAAGGAACUUAUUCCCAAGCACUUAAUGAUGCAAAAAGGGAAUUGAAAUUUUUAUUGGUUUAUUUGCACAAAGAUGAUGCUGUUGAUACAGCUAAUUUUUGCAGAACAACAUUAAGUAAUUCUCAAGUAAUAAUCUACAUAAACACGAAUUUCUUUUUUUGGGGCGUUGGGGCCUCCUCAGGAGAAGGUUAUAAAGUGACCCAAUUGUACAAACCGAGAAAUUACCCGUUUUUAGCUGUGGUUGUUUUAAAAGAUUCUCGAAUGACCAUCGUGAGUCGAAUGGAGGGUUAUUGCGACCCCGAAGUUCUGAUGCAGAGGUUAAUGGGGGUUGUAACCGAUUACGAUAUUAAUUUAAGGCAAGCUAGACAAGAUAGGAUGGCUCAAAACUUAAAUAGAUCGAUAAGACAACACCAAGACGAAGCAUUUUUGGAGUCAUUGCGAGCCGAUCAAGAAAAAGAUCGAUUACGAGAAGAACAAAAACGUUUGAUUGAAGAAGAGGAGAAACUACGUCAAAAGCAAAUCUUAGAGGAACAACAAAGAAGGGAUGAUAUCGCGCGGGAUAAAGUCGAAUCGGUGCAUAAAGUGCCUACGGAACCGGAUGAAAGGCAUCCGGACGCUAUACAUAUUGUAAUUAAAUUGCCUUCCGGAAUUCGUAUUGAUAGGAGAUUUUUGAAAACGCACUCAUUAGAAGCAAUAUAUUAUUUUGUUUAUUGCCAUCCGGAAGGGCCAGAUAACUUUGAAAUUACCACCAAUUUUCCAAAAAGAAUUUUAAGAUGUCAAUCCACCGAAAGCCGGGAUACUGUUUAUACUUUGGAGCAAGCGGGACUAAGGAACCGAGAGUUGCUCUUUGUGAAUGAUUUGGAUGCAUAAAAAUAAUUAAAAUUAAUAAAGAAAGUUGUAUUUGUAUUAAAUACACGUUUAUUACUUA